AUCUAGUGUUUAAACGCUCAAAUUGAUCUUUCAUACAGAAAAAUCUUCAAGCAAAAAAUAUUUAGUUUUGGGUAUUGUGAGCGGCUUGCUCAUGAUUCUACUGUUAUGUCUAUUUGCAAUCCGGAGAAAAUUGAAGUCCGCCUUAGUAUUAAGGAAAUCAGCUACCGCAAGGAAAGUGGAUAUAGAUAUAGAGGUAAACUCAAUGAUUGAGCGUGAAACAAUCUUCAACUUGGAAAAUAUCAAGGCUGCAACUGAGAAUUUCCAUGAUGAUAACAAGCUUGGAGAGGGAGGAUUUGGUCCAGUCUAUAAGGGCACAAUGUCAAAUGGAGUACAAAUAGCAGUGAAGAAACUUUCUGUACAAUCAUUGCAAGGGAAAGAAGAGUUUCUAAAUGAAGUUAAGCUGAUUGCAAAAAUUCAACAUCGUAAUCUUGUUAAUCUACUUGGAUAUUGCGUAGAGGGAUUAGAACGCUUGCUGGUUUACGAGUUCUUAUCAAAUAAUAGCCUUGACAAAAUACUCUUUCAUCCACAGAGAAGUAAAGAGCUUGGCUGGCACAAGCGUUUAAACAUUAUACUUGGAAUAGCUCGUGGGCUUCUAUACUUGCAUGAAGAUUCUCAGUUGCCCAUCAUUCAUCGAGACAUUAAAGCAAGUAAUAUUUUGCUUGAUGAGAAAAUGGAGCCAAAGAUAUCAGAUUUUGGCUUAGCUAGACUAUUUAGUCGAGAUGAGACUCAUAUUAACACGUUGAGGGUUGCAGGAACAUUUGGGUAUAUGGCACCAGAGUAUGCUCUAGGAGGUCAACUAUCAAUUAAAGCUGAUGUUUAUAGUUUCGGUGUUGUCAUUUUAGAAAUUAUAUGUGGAAUAAAGAACAAUGAUAUUAGAUUGUCCUCUGAAUUCCAAAGCCUACUAGAAUGGGUAUGGAGAUCUUAUAGGGAAGGAAAUACUACUAAUGUGAUUGAUAAAGAUAUAAUAGAAAGUUUCUCUAGAGACCAAGUUUCAAGAUGCAUUCAUGUGGGUCUUCUGUGUACACAAGCAGAUGCUUCACUUCGUCCAGGAAUGUCCAAUGCAUAUGCAAUGCUUUCAAAUCGUUUUGUGGGUGACUUACCAGAUCCGACAAGGCCUGCCUAUCUAAGUGUUACACAAAGAAAUACCCCAUUAAUUAUAUCAACAUCUACAUCUACAUCUAAAUCUACAUCUACAUCUACAUCUACGUCUACAUCAACACCUACAAGGAUAGUCUCUCCUACUUCAUCUGCAACUCAUUUGGUAUACCCAUCUAUCAAUGAUACAUCGAUAUCAAAUUUGGGUCCUAGAUAAUCCUAGUUGGCUUUUCUAAUGUAUAAAAAUAGCUAUGAUGUUUGUGUAUUCAACAUCUCAC